UGUGGUGUUUGAAUGAACUAGUAACUUCUUGUUGUUGUUGAAUGCUUGAUUUCGAAUUCUGAAUACAAUACAUUCGUUUGUGCAUACCUUUAAUUCUUGAUUCAUAUACUUCUAAGUAUCACAGUGGCGUCGCGAGCAGGAUCUUGUAAUGGAACAGCUAGAUAUUCAUUCUACUUCUGAAGCUUUUGAAGAUUAUUUGGAAAGGUUUGAAAUCUGGAGUAUGACCAGGAAAGAUGUCAAAGAUGAUAAAAUUGUGGCUCAUUUCCUAACAUUCAUCGGAAAAGAAGCGUACAGCUUAUUGAAAACCUUGGCAUAUCCAGAAAAACCUAUUUCACUUCCCUAUGCAAUGCUUAAGGAGUUAUUAUUGAAUCAUGUAAAGUGCCCUGGUUUUGAAUGCCGUGAAAGAGCGAAAUUUCAUAAGAUGAUUCGUCAAAAUGACCAAAAUGUUAAGGAAUUCAUUUUUGAAUUGCAGAAACAGGCUGUCAAAUGUAAUUGUGGUGAUCAACUUCAUGUGCAGCUGAGAGACCGAUUAAUUGCAGGAAUUAACAUACCUAGUUUGGAAAGAGAGCUGUUAAGAAUGUCAAACUGUUCCUUUCAAGAUGUUAGAACUGCGUGCAUUAACUACGAGGCGUUGAAUGAACUUGAUAUUCAGUCGAUGAAGAUUUCCAAUACUUUGAUUAGUUAUCAUGAUGAAAAGCAAUCUCAGGGUCAAUCAAAAUUGUGUCCGUUUAACAGAGGUUCCUAUUCUCGUGUAAAAAUGAACGGUGUCUCAAAAAAGAAUUACAAAGGAAAUCAAAAAGGUGAGACCAAGUUUGGCAAAUGUUUAUCAUGUGGAAAACUUCAUUCUCGUUAUUAUUGUACAUUUCGUAAUGCUAAAUGUUUUAGAUGUGGUAAGAUAGGACACAUUCAAGCAGUAUGCAAAGCUACUGUUCAUUUUGCCUCAAGUAGUACUAAAUCUUGUAAUUUAGAUCCCAAUAAUUCAGCUGAUCCUAAUGAUCAUUUAUCUUUGUCUACCAUUUCGAAAGACACAGGAUGAAUUUGAGAAGAAGACGUACAACUGAUUACAGACAUAUACAUUC